AUUAGUAGUUUCUAAAUUUGUCCUGGAGAAGGAUUCCAAAUUCUUAGUUUUAAAAAGUCAAAAUCCAUAGCCAUAAAAGCUUGUGUUCUCAUUUCUCUUCCAUUUUAUGUACUCAAGUACUUGUGUUCUUUCCUUCCUCCGUUUAGCUGAUACUUGUCUCCAAGUAACGUAGACAUUGACAUCUUGAAUUGAGCUUUCUGAACAAAAGAAAAAAAGGCAAAAUUCGAGGUUCCCACUUUCCAGGCAGACCGAAGACAUGAAGUUCAGUUCCUGUUUCUCAAAUUGUUUUUCUUCUGCAUCAGAAACCCCCAUCGAUAUAGGAAGAGCGGAAAUCGAAGGAGAAAAUUAUCAGAAUUUUACUGUCUUCUCUUAUAGUGAGCUGAAAGUUGCCACUAAUGGGUUCUCUGCUUCAAACAAGAUCGGAGAAGGUGCCUUUGGCUCUGUCUACAAGGGCUUGCUUAGAGAUGGUACUAAUGUGGCUAUAAAAAUGCUUUCAGUUGAACUCGAAUCGAUGCGUGGGGAAAGAGAGUUUGUAUCUGAAAUAAUUUCACUUGCCAAUCUUAAACAUGAAAACCUCGUUACACUUAAGGGGUGCUGCGUGGAUGGAGCUAAUAGAUUCUUGGUUUACAAUUACAUGGAAAAUAAUAGUCUGGCGCAGAUCUUACUAGGCGGAGAGCAAAACAGGAUGAAACUUGGUUGGGAAGCAAGGCGAACUAUUUCAUUAGGAGUGGCACGAGGGCUUGCCUAUCUUCACGAGGAAGUUGAGCCUCACAUUGUGCACAGAGAUAUUAAAGCUAGUAACAUACUUCUGGAUCAGAAUUUGAUACCAAAAGUUUCAGAUUUCGGGCUUUCGAGAAUUCUAAGAGACAAUGCUUCUCAUAUUAGUACCCAUGUUGCUGGCACAUUAGGCUAUCUUGCUCCAGAAUAUGCCAUCAGUGGACGUUUGACACGAAAAACAGAUGUUUACAGUUUUGGGGUACUACUUCUGGAAAUUAUCAGCGGGCAGACAGUUGUAAAUUUUGAUUUAGAGCAUGGUGAACAUUACCUGGUUCAAAAGGCUUGGGAAAUCUACAGGGCUAACAGCCUUCUGCAACUGGUGGAUCCUACAGUACGUAUGAACUACCCUGAAGAAGAAGCGGUUCGAUUCAUCAAGGUGGGUCUCCUGUGCGUUCAAGAAACAGCCAGGCUCCGACCAGAAAUGCCAAUUGCCCUAAAAAUGUUGACUAAUGACGUCGACAUCGAAGGAGUUCAGAUAUCUCAACCUGGUCUUGUUGCUGAUCUGAUGAAUAUCAAGUUAGGACAAAAGACCACAUUUCCUUGUUCAUAUUCUUGACUU